CUUGGAGGACUAGGGCUGUGUCUUGUUCUUAUAUGAUAGAAACCUUAAACAAUAUUUGGGAUAAUGGUUUCUCCUGUUUCUAAAUAUAAAAGGAAACUGUCUUGCAAUUUGUUGUAAGAAAACCUAGGUUUAUGCUUUUAUAUUGUAUAUCAUUUUCUUGGUUCAAUAUCGACAUAUAAAUGAAGGUUUUCUAAGAACCUCUGCAAGAUUGUCCUGUACUAAUUCUAUUUCUGGGCAUUGUAUGAAAAUGCUGAAAAUAGCUUUUGAUAUCUCGUCUCGUAGAUCAAGAUCAUUAAGUUCUGGAGCAGAAUUGAAAGAGUAAAGAUUUUUUCUUAAAACCCGAAAUUGGUUGAUUCGCCUCGGGGAAAGGCAGAGCCUCAGCUUGCAAUAGAGUGUUCGUUGUUGGGACGGUGUCAAAAUCAAAAGAAUUUUCUUUCGAGAGAUUUAAGCAGAAAAGUAGUUAUGAGUGAGCUUAAUUCUGGACGGCCGAAGCCAUGGAACAUCUACGGUAGUUCAUAUCCUAGUCCAUCUCAAACAGAAGUUGACAGAGAAGGUCCAUGGAAUAGCUUUGGCACAUCCAUGAAUGCAAUUUCUUUUGGCUUUGUGGCUACAGCAAUAUUGAUAUCAAUGUUUCUUAUAAUGGCUAUAUUUGAGCAUCUGUUCAGGCCAAAUGCAUCUUUUUUGUCAUCUCAAGACAACUCUACCGCCCACUUGGAAUCACCACAAGUGCAGAAACUUGGAGAUUCACACUCACAGGUACAAGCAUCAUAUGCAUCAGAUUUCUCAGUAGUAAUGCCGGGACAGCAGUAUCCUACCUUCAUUGCACAACCUGCUCCUCUGCCUUGUCCAAGAGAAGGAGCUGUUUAUUGGCCCUCCCAUCAACAUACAUAGUUUCUACUUUAAUUUUAUUGGAUCACUGCAUUUGAAAAAAAUGAAAUUUUAUCGUAUGUAUCUUCUUUAAUUUGGUCCUAUUCAGUGUAUAUUUUAGUUAAAUUGAUCUCCGACUGUAUCCCACAUUUUAGUUUUUUCAAUUUAGUAUUGUAGGCUUCUUGAUAGAAGACGAAGAUUGCUAU